CGAGCGUUUGGUGCUGCCACCUGCCUGAUGACGUAACUCCUGUCGUCUGCCGGAAAGGAUGGUAGCUUUUGCGAUUCCAUUCUUCACCGUGUGACAUAUAAAGACAUAAAUUCUCGGCAGUUUUUACGGUUUUUGUAGAUACCCAUUUGUUUAAGAGCAACAUACUGCGUUUACCGUUGUGUCUGCUUCAGUGAGACAAAGACAUUCAUUAUUGGCGCUCAGCUGCACUAGGAUUAUGUUACUUCGCAGGUGGUUCCUUGUGAGCGGUGAGAAAUCAUAAAUUUUUGGAAUCCACUGAGUGAUCGGACCUUCGGUACAAAGUGAAAUUGUUCAUUGAACACCACAAAUUUACGACGGACGUACAGUGACGUGUGGCAGAGAUUUCACUGCAUACAUGACUGUGAAGAAUACAAACUUAUACACAGCUCUAAUGAUGAGAACUACAAACUCAGCAGAUUGCAAGUGACUCCUGGAAGUUCAGGUGAUAGCACCUCAUCAAGAGUAGCCAAUCUGGUGACACAGUUACAGUUACCCCGUAAUUUAAAUACUUGUACCAUGGAUGUGUUCAGCCGCUUGAGAACAACGGUGUCCAAUUUAAGCACCGUUCUGCCUGGAAACCCAGUGACGCGUGAAUACGAAAUCAUCAAGCAUGUUGGCAGUGCUGGACCUGGUCUCCUCUGGAAGGUCUUCCAGGCAAUCAAAAGAAGCACAAAAGAGGAGGCUGCGGUAUUUGUCCUGGAAAAGAAGCUCCUGGAACGGUAUGCAAAACGGGAUCGCGAGCUCAUCAUGGAAACGCUCAAGCAGGGAGUGGCUCAGCUGACGCGACUGAGACAUCCCAGUUUGCUCACGGUUCAACACUCUAUGGAAGAAUCCAGGGAGAGCUUGGCUUUUGCAACAGAGCCCGUGUUCUGCAGCUUAGCAAACAUUCUGGGUCAACAGGAGAACAUGCCCGUUCCGCCUCCGAGCGAACUCAAAGACUACCAACUCUACGACAUUGAGAUCAAAUACGGCCUGCUGCAGGUCUCAGAAGGACUGAUCUUCUUGCACAGUGAUGUCAAACGCUUGCACAGAAACCUCUGCCCAGAGUCCAUCGUCAUCAAUAAGAGGGGAGCGUGGAAAAUUGCUGGUUUCGACUUCAGCAUCGCCGCCAAAAAUCCUCAAGACCCUCAGCCAUCUUACCAGUGCCUCAAUCUUGAACCCGACCUCCCUCCGAUAGCGCAGCCAAACCUAAAUUUCACGGCGCCCGAGUGUGUGACGGCCGACACAAACGACACGGCUAGUGACAUGUUUAGCUUGGGCAUCCUCAUCUACGUCAUUUACAACAAGGGGAAGCCUCUCUACGAAGCAUGUAGUAGUGUCGCAACGUUACGGCAGUGCGUCAGCAAACACUUGAAGCAGUUGUCUCUCAGUCAGCUGCACAGCAUUCCAGAAGAAGCCAGGGAGCACGUGAAAAUGCUGCUAAGCGUCACACCAGAUAUCAGGCCGGACGCUCACCAGUUCUCAAAGUUGAGAUACCUGGAAGAUGUUGGUGUGAAGACACUGCAGUACCUGGAUUCCCUCUUUCAGUGGGACAAUCUGCAGAAGUCUCAGGUGUACAAAGGCCUUCCCCAGGUUUUGGCACAGAUGCCAAAGCGGGUAGCCCUUCAUCGCGUCCUACCCUGCCUGGUGAAGGAAUACGUGAACCCUGACAUGGUGCCUUUUGUCCUACCCAGUGUCUUGCUCAUAGCAGAGCAGGCCACAAAAGAGGAAUUCACCUCUUUUAUCCUGCCGGACCUGGUGAGAAUAUUCCGCUUAAGGGAACCCAUACAGAUCCUUCUCAUAUUUAUGCAAAAAAUGGAGCUGCUGCUGACAAAAUGUCCACCGGACGAUAUAAAAAAUCACGUUCUGCCCAUGAUCUAUGUUUCGCUUGAGGCAGAUGCCCAACAGAUACAGGAACUCUGCUUGAACAUCAUCCCUGAUUUUGCUCACCUCAUCGACUACCCUUCGAUGAAGAACGCGUUAUUGCCUAGGAUAAAGAAGCUCUGUCUACUGACGAACUACCUCUCUGUGCGUGUGAACUGUCUCGUCUGCAUGGGAAAACUCCUGGAACAUCUCGACAAAUGGCUCGUGCUGGAUGAAAUACUUCCUGUGCUGCCGGAAAUUAGGUCUCGUGAGCCAGCAGUGCUAAUGGGCAUCUUGGGCAUAUACAAAUUAGCCAUGAGUCACAAAAAGCUGGGCAUCACUAAAGACGUGAUGGCAUGCAAGGUGAUUCCUUUCCUGAUGCCCCUGACAAUCGAAAAUGGGCUCUCGCUGAAUCAGUUCAAUGCUAUCAUGAGUGUGGUCAAGGAAAUGGUGCAGGCAGUCGAAGUGGAGCACAGAGCAAAGCUGGAGCAGCUCAAUUCUAUUAAGCAGGAACAGAGUUGUGCGAUGGAGAUGACAAAGAUCGAGCCCAUCAACCCGAAUGAGAUCAUCCAGGGACUAAAGCCACAUAAGGAAGACUCUCUGUCCAGCAGCAUCUACACAGACUUGGGCAUUGCGAACUACUCUUCAACACCUCAAAACGGUGGGAAAAACGUUCAACAGAAGGCAAAGCAGACGUCACUAACACUCGAAGAGAAACAGCAGUUAGCGCGCGACCAAGACACGCAACUCCGAAUGCAAUCCGAAGGCACUCUACGUCCGGUGCAAGCACCUGCGCCUUCCCGGCCUGAGCCAAAAGACCUGACCUCCACCCUCAUCAACUCCCAGCUUGCUUCGCUUAGUCUUCGAAGCCCAACUCAAUCCAAUCCAUUUACACCAUCCCCCGGCGGAUCUGAAUUGGGUCCAAUGGUACACCCUUCCAUGGGCGGUGAUGCCUCUUGGGGCUUUGGAGCUCCACGGCCAGCUAUGCAACAGCCAAUGUUUAAUGUACAGCAACAGAUGCAUCCUCCACGGCCACAAGUGAGCAUGGCGCCACUGGACAGCCUCCUGCCUCCCAUGAGUAAGACAAGCUCACGUGUUCCACUGAACCAGAUGGCGCCGCAAUCGACGAUGGCAACGAACGCUCCAUUUUAUCCGACGUUAACUCUCGGUGCCUCACAGGCAAGGCAGACAAAUAUGCCAGUCAAACCACUAACGAAAAAUGAAGUCGACGAUUUUCUGAGCUGAAAGGUUAUUGAGUGUUUGACAGUGAAUCGGGGCCUCAAAAGACCUCUGAAAGCAUCUGCGUGUGUCUCGAAUUAUGCUGGCGGAGCAUCUUGAAAGGAACCUCUCAAUACAGCCUUGUACACUACAGGAAUGCAUGGAGAAUGGAUGGGUAUGAGUGCAAUUUUUGGAAGCAGUCAAAGGUGUGAUGUAUUUCAUGUCCCCUAGUUUUGCUCAUGGAAGUGGUGAUGUCUCGCCCCCUACAUGUGUGAGCUGUUGUGACAUACUAAAUAAAGAAUAGGUAUAUGUUCCUUA